AUGGUUAAAAGAGCAGCCACUUCGGAACCCGAGUCAUCUCACAGACAAAUCAAGAAAGUUUCCAGAACUCAUGCCCGUAACAUCAUCAACACGCAGGAUGAUUACAAGCAUUUAUAUUUGAGUGUGCAACCUUUGGAUAUUUUCACUUGGGGGAGUGGACCCAUGUGUGAGUUAGGGUUGGGUCCUCUUGCCAAGAAUAAAGAGGUGAAGAGACCAAGAUUGAACCCGUUUUUACCCAUGGAUAGUGUUAAGAUUAUUUCGUUUGCUGUGGGUGGUAUGCAUACUAUUGCAUUGGAUGAAGAGAGUAACGUUUGGUCAUGGGGGUGUAAUGACGUUGGUGCGCUUGGAAGAGACACCUCUGGUGCUAAGGAGCAAUUGAAAGAUAUGGCUGAUGCAGGAUCUGAUUCCGAUGACGAUGACGAUGGUGAUUUGAAUGAAUUGGAAUCCACACCUACCAAGAUUGAUCGUAGUAUGUUCCCACCCUUGGCUGAGGGCCAUAAGAUUGUUCAAUUGGGGGCCACUGAUAAUUUAAGUUGUGCAUUGUUUAGUAAUGGUGAAGUUUACGCAUGGGGGACAUUUCGUUGUAACGAAGGUAUCCUUGGGUUUUACCAAGACAAGAUCAAGAUUCAAAGGACACCAUGGAGAGUUCCAUCGUUUUCCAAGUUUAACAUUGUGCAAAUGGCACCGGGGAAGGAUCACGUUUUAUUUUUAGAUGAAGCGGGAGUUGUAUUUGCCUGGGGGAAUGGCCAACAGCAUCAAUUGGGACGUAAAGUCAUGGAAAGGUUCCGUUUGAACACAUUGGAUCCUCGCCCAUUUGGACUCAAGCAUAUCAAAUACAUUGCGUCUGGGGAAAACCAUUGUUUUGCUGUGAAGAAGAAAGACGACAGUGUCGUCAGUUGGGGGUUAAACCAAUUUGGUCAAUGUGGUAUUUCUGAGCAAGUGGAAGACGGAUCAUUGGUGACCGUUCCCUUAGCCGUGCAAUUACCAGAAGGUGGCAAGAUCAAGAAUAUUUCCGCCGGUGAACAUCACUCCCUGGUGUUAUUGGAGGAUGGGACCCUGUACACGUUUGGCCGUUUGGACAUGUUUGAAGUUGGUAUUGGCAAAGAUCAUUUGCCGCGCUACACUUACAAAGAUGUGCAUGGGAAGGCGCGUUCAGUGCCGCUACCUACGAAAUUAACCGGGGUACCAGCCUUCAAGAACAUUGCCGCUGGGUCCCAUCAUUCGCUCGCCAUUGCCACGAAUGGGAUCGUGUACUCGUGGGGGUUCGGUGAGACGUAUGCGGUUGGGCUGGGGCCCGCGGGGGAGGAUGUCGAGACACCAACGAGGAUCAAGAACACGGCGACACAGGAUCACAACAUUAUUCUGGUGGGCUGUGGUGGCCAGUUCUCCGUGUCUGGGGGGGUCCCGCUGUCCGAGACAGCAGCUGAGAAGCGUGCGGACGAGAUGGACGACGAUUAG